UGGUUGACAUUUGUUUUCCUUUUUCUACUAGUACUACAUCUAGAUAUUAGUAGGACUAAAGCAGAUGUGUUUUUUCUAAUGUCAGAUUAUGUUUAUUUGAUCAAUACUUUAAAAUAAAAAGGCUAAUAAACUAAUAUUAUGUCUUGCCAACUAUCUGCAUUGUCUAAAUUUCAUGACAUAGCUUCUGUACGGCGUUAUUUUUUUCCUACGUUGUCGAAAGAAGGGACACCAAUCAAAGACAAAGAUGAAACAAAUGACAAUUGGGACCAGGAUUGGGGAUUUGAAGAACAAGACGCCACAGAGGAUACUGAGAGCCAAGAAGUCAGUGCUGGACAUCAUCAGAAAUGGCUUCAGUCUUGUCUAAUUUCCCUCUCACCUACAAAUGAUGUCCUCGCCAUUGCUCAUGAGAAUAAAAUCUGUGUACUCACUCAAAAGUGGGAUCCUAAAAAGAAGGGAGAAGAAAUAGAUUCCUACUUGACUUCAGCCUGGGAAGCUACACUAGGAGCUGAUGACAAGGAAACCAUCACAGCUGUUCUCUGCUUGCCAUUGGCUUCUCAAAAACGUAGUACACAAGGAGGGCCAGAUUGGACAUGCAUCAUAGUUGGUUUCUCUUCAGGCUUCAUUAGGAUGUACUCACAGACUGGUGUGCUUCUGCUGUCUCAACUUCUUCACAUGGAAAAGGUAGAAAGACUAAAGUGUCGCACUUAUUCAUCUCCUAGAUUCCUUGGUAUGGCUGAAAUGCACGAUGAAUUUCUGAUCAUGUACACCAGAGCCAUUGUUUCCAUUGAUGGCUUCAGCUUGAUUCAGUCUCUGAGGGCUUGUUGUAACCAAGUAGCAAGAGCUACUGCAAGUGGGACAGAAAACCUGUUACAGCCUCCACCUCUUGCUUAUAAAAAGUGGUCUCUCAGCGAGCAAGAAAAGAUUUGUGACUAUGUUGCCUGUGGUGUCGCCUGCGCUAACACAUUUGACCAACUGAAGGCUGCGUCCAUGCUGGGAGGUGUCAAGGCAGCUGUAAAAACUUCACCCCCUGCCAUGUCUGUCUUCAUGACUACUGGCAUUGGCCCUUAUGUUGGAUUUUUCUAUGCUAUUGAGGGCUUUACCCAGCCUAUAUUGUCAGAAGUGGCCAUUGCAAUGGCAAACAAGAUCAAGUCUGCCUUAUUAUCUGCUGCAAGUGGCUGGCUUGGGUUUGGUGGUAAGCCUAAAGAAGAGAAAGAAAAGCCUCCAAAGAUUGAACCUGCUACACCAUUACCCUUAAGGUUUGGUUUGCCAGACCAGCGUAGAGCAGGGGAGAAAAUUAUGCUCUCCCCUUGCAAUAACUAUGCAGCAACCACAGACAGCUUUGGGCGUGUGAUACUUAUAGAUGUACAGAGAGGAAUGGCUGUGCGUAUGUGGAAAGGGUACAGAGAUGCUCACCUAGGCUGGGUGGAAAUUAAAGAAGAAAAUGUGGAGGCUGGGAAGAACAAUGACCACUACAGACUGGCACAGUUCCUGAUUAUUUAUGCUCCUCGCAGGGGCAUACUUGAGGUAUGGCUGGCUGCCCAUGGACCACGAGUGGCAGCAUUCAAUGUCAGCAAAUAUUGUCAGCUGGUGUGUCCAUGUUAUGGCAUGAUGGGGUUGAAUAAUGUGACCAGUAGGGGCAUCAAGUCCAGAGUCUUUCAGUGUGCACUCAUUGACCCUGAUGGAAUGAUCAAAACAGUGGACAUCCCUUUUCAUUUAGCUCUAAGUGACAAGAGUAGCAAAAGAGCCAGAGAUCUUCACCUGUUAAAAAAAUUGAAAGCUCUCCUUAAAGAAUCUUCUGAAGACAGAGAGGGUCUUGAAGAAACAAUACUGGAAAUACUUCAUGACAUGAAAAUAGCCAGCAUUGCUCACCAGGCAAUAGAAAGAGUUUUAAGCACAAAGUAUUUACCCAUCAAGUUAAUGCAGAAUGUAGUGAAAGCCUGCAUCAAGAAAUUAGACUGCAAAGCUGAAGACAGCCUAGACCUGGAUAGCAGGAUGAUGUUGAGGUUCUGCAAGACGCAGCGUUCCCUGUUGUCCCUCUACUCAGUUGUGACAACAUUAAAUGGUGCCUCUCCUGAACCCUUCAAGCUGUCUGACACUGAGGUUUUAACAGAUGUCCUGCACUUGUCUCCUCAUGAUGCCUCAGCUGUCAUAAACUCCCUGACACGGAUGGACAUGCUGACUGAGGUGUUCAGCCCCCCUAAACCACCUGCCAAGGUUACAUUCAGUGAUGAGGCCAACUCUUUAGCAGCCACAUCCUUCCUGCAUGCGUUUUCAUACAGAACCAUCUUAAGUGCUGACGAGGACAGCGCCACAACAUCCUCCUGUGGGAAACAGACUCAGAUCACCAUCAGCAAGGAGGUCACAGAAGAGCGCAGACAUGCUUUGGCUGAGUUUUUGUUUGCUGGUUGUCUGAAUGGAAAAUGUCAAGCACCAGAGCUGAUGUCUGUCAUACAGCAGAGUAACCUGCCCCCAGACCAGCUGAUGAAUCUGUUGCUGGUUUACUGGUUGUCUUCCAACACAAGAUCUGUUCGUAUGAUGGUUGGCUUGUACGAACUGGUUAAAAGCAUCACUGCCCUUGCUGAUGUCAGCGAGGUAGUUGUAGAUUCCAACGCACCUUCUCCCUGGUGGCUACGUGUGCGCAACAUGUGCAGCCAGUCAGAAAACUGUUGUCCAGCUUACCUGGCUGUACUCACCUGUAAGGCUGUGGCUGCUGAGUUACUUGGUGUCCAGACCAAAGCUAAGGACCCUGACGCUGACACUGCCAGCAUGAAGUCUGACGAGUGUGACUCCCCAGACGCAGGCCUGCAGGAGGAGACGAGCCUGGACAGCCAGGACUGGGAGUCUCUGACUGUCGACAUGGAACACUGGGAGCUGCUGUCACGUCAGUUUGAGGACGUCAUGGCCAUCGUGACCCUGCUCAACAUUCCAGCAGAUGACCAAGUCCAGGAGACCAGACAUGAACCCAUCUCAGUCUCUGUCUACAAGCUUCUCAACAGUGGAAAAGGUUCUGUGCCAGAGCUGAUAGCCAGGUAUGUGGUGCAGCAGAGACUGAAUCCUGCUUCACUCUUCUACACAUUCUCUGUGCAGGAGGAGCUGCAGGAGGGGGAGGAAGAGGAGGGUAAGAGUGAGAAACUAGCUGGGACAGGUAAAGAUGGGAGGACAGACAGAGGUGCUGAACUCAAUCAACCUGCAGAUGAAAAAGUGAAAGAGUUGUGUCCCUCAGACAAAGUUAAAUAUCAACUAGAAGAACUGAGACACAGGUUCCCCCACAGCCUACACAAUGAUAUUCUAUUGGCCAACUGUUGUUGGGAGUUUGCUGUCGUCUGGAACAAAGACCCUGAGGUAUCUCAAAAUUUGGACCUGUCAUUAGAAUUUCUGAGAUUGGUUCAAAAUGCUGUAUUGCGGCAGGGUGUUUCCAGCUUGUUGUGGCACAUGUUUAUACUGAAGAGGGCUUCAGCUGCUGCAACUCUUAUGGAGAAGGUUGGGAAGUCCCCUAAAGACAGACUGUGUAGAAAGGAAGUUGGAGUCAGUGACACAGGGCUUGUGGCCUUCAUUUCUCUUUGUGCUGACUUCAUGGAAAUAUUAAUGGAUGCAAACUGUGAAGCCAGUGAGGUGCCUGUGUGCAACAUUGAACAUGCCUGGCAGAAAAGUCAGGGACCCACAUCAUUGAUGGAGUUGGCCAUUGACCAGAAGGCAACCAAUUAUGGUCUGCUACGGGUGCAUUUUCAUCUGUUAAAAAUCAUGUCAGCUGUUCUGUCUCUGAAGAUGAAAUCUGUCAAAGUUUUGUCUUUAUUUGACAGUAAGGGGAGAGCAGCAGUGUUUAAAGAUCUACAUUCCCACCCUCUGUUACCCAGUCAAAAAGUGGAUCAUGAUUUAUUUUUAGCAAGAAAAAAUUUUGUGUGUAAAAUAAUCUCAAGUGCUGUGUCAACAAUUGAUCCCCCUGUGUCAAGCCCAACUAUGACUGGUACAAGCCCACCUUUCUACAAGAAGCAGAGAUCUCUUUAUCCUUUAGCAUUCAAAUGGCCACAGGUGGCACUGUCACUGGCCAGAGACUUUGGCCUUGAUUUGGACUACAUGAAGAGACACCAUGUUUGUGAGCUCUACUCCUGUGGUCAUGAUAAAUUUGCUGAAGAGGUUAUGUCAUCAGUGAAUGACCAUGAGGAAAUGGGCAUUCAGCUACUUACCCUGGCCGGGCAGCGUGUGGCCUAUGAAAUUUAUCAACACAAUAUUGACGCAAACUUCCAGCACUUAGCUGGCAUGUCUGUCACUCUCACAAGAUGGCUGUCCACAUUGGACUACAAAUCCCUGAAGAACACCCAAGUCCCACUGCCUUAUACAGUGACACUACUAGAGCAUGCAGCAUCUAAGCUGCCAGAAACAUCCAAGUACCACGAGCUGGCCCAGGAACUCUUGGAGAAAACAAAAGUUCUCUCAUCUUUUACAGACUCAUGACACAGGGCAGUUACAUAACAAGAUUUCCUUAAUUAACGAACUUGUAAAUAAAUUUGCACACAUUGUAUUGCCAUUCAAUUGAUAUCUUCAUUCAAUAGAAAUAAUGAGUUAGUUAUAAUACAUGUUUUCUAAAAAAUCUCUAUUCCAUGUAGUUGGUGGAAGACUUUUAAUCAACUUCACUUUACUUGAAGUGUAUAUUAUCUUUUCUCUUACUUAACAGUAGUCCAUAUGUAGUUUGACUGGAGUCCAGGUUUACAAUGGGUUGAAUUACUUUGUAAAUUUUCCCCUUAAACAAUUAACACAAAAACUCAUAAUUAAACAUUUUUCAUUGUAAUGUAUGUGAGUGCAAGAUUACAUGUAUGUAUGUACCUUUAGGUACUGUGAUCUGGCUUGCAAAUGUUCUGAAAAAUGUCCAGAAACAAGUUCUGUGACCGUUUUUUUUAUACUAAAUAACCAGAUUUGCAAAAGCCCACACUGAACUGCAUUAGCAUUAUUCAUAGCAGGUGGUCAUACAGUGAAUAUCAACAUGUACAGUGUCUUCAGAAAAAUAUUACUUCUGUGAUAAUGCCUUCUUUGGCUUGCUUUAUUUUAUUUGCAUCUGUGAAGUGAUUUUUUUUUUAAAAGCACUCUGUGGUCAGAUUUUUUUCCUGUUUCUUAUGGUAUAUGGUGAUGUUUGGUGUUGCUACUGUGUGUAACAGUCAUACAACUGUUGGUAUAUGGUGAUGUUUGGUGUUGCUAUUGUGUGUAAC